AUGAAUUUAAAAGCAGUUGCUGAAAUAAGGCAGAGUGAAUUUACAGUCAAUAUAUUAGAGAACGAAAAAUAUCAUGAAACUGAUAAACCAAAAGAAAGCAAACCUAUUACAAGUAAAGAUGUUGAAAAUGAUGAAGAUCUUAAAGAAGAACAGUUUGAGGAAGUAAAUGGUGAUGAAGAAAAAGUAGAAAAAGCGGUUAAAAAGGGUGUACGUGAUAAGGAUAGUGGUAAGAAAUUAAAGGGAGAAAAGCAACGUCAACAGAUAACUUGGGUGCAAUUUGGUACAGGAUUUGGUAGCUACGGUAGUGAUUACGACGAGAGAGGUUCACGGUUCUAUUACGAAUCAGAUAGAAAUGAUUAUUUAAAAUACCCCCUAAUAAUCGUGGCUGUUUUACUCUGUUUAAAUAUUGGUUAUUUGUUAUAUAUAAUCAAUUCAAACUAUUUGCGGGAACCACUUAUAGAAUUAGACUUUUACCUGUAUUUCUUUAUUGGACUACUACUCCUCGUACCACCAAACUGUAUUAUGUUCUGCAGCGAUUGUUUUACACGGGUUCCUUUUCAUUAUUUAUUUUUAGCCAUGGCGGUCGUUGGUGCUUGUUUCCUAACAUUCGCAUAUACCUGCAGGCAUAUAACCCUGGUCCCUUUGUAUGUUUCCAUAUCAAUCCUCACUGUGGUGGCUGUGUGCAUAGCGCUCUCUUUUACUCAGUUUAACUUCAGAGCGUGGUAUCUUUACGUGAUCGGUAUAAUAACAGCAUUUGCUGCGACCUGUAUUGUGAUGCAUGCAUUAAAAAACAAUGACCCAUUAAAAGAAAUACCAUUGAACUCGAUUUCCUGGACGUUGCUGCCCGUGGGUACUGUACUACAUGCAAUAAUGUUCAUAUUAGAGUUGCAAUUAAUCAUCGGUGGAGGGAAGAUAGUUAUGGGAGAAAAUGAAGUUGUGUAUACUGCAUUCCUGCUAUAUACGGCUCCUGUUGACGUUUUCAUUAAAAUAUUCGAAGUUAUUUUUGGGACUGAAGACUGA